AUGGUGGUGCAGAAUAAUCUGGACCUUGGGGAUUCUAGAAAAUGGAUUGUGCUGGAGCCAUUUAUCCACCAGGUUGGAGGCCACAUGAGCAUGAUGAAGUAUGAUGACUACACCGUCUGCAAACCCCUCGUCUCCCAGGAGCAAUGGUUCUACGAGACUCUCCCUGCAGCAAUGAAACGAUUCACACCUCAGUACAAAGGUAGGCUCAAGACCCCAGCAUCUACUGGAAAGUAGGUCCCUUUGAAUGUUGAGUAAACAUAAUUGAAAUCAGGCCACAAGAUUCAAUGUUAAUGCAAGAAAGAGGGUUUGCAUUCAGUGAUUGGUGUUUAUUGCAUGGUUCCCAGAGGGGUGCCGUCUGUUGUUCCUCAUCAUCAGUUACCAAAGCUGAAAGAAAAGAGUGUGGUGGGGGGAACAGCAACAGUGGUGAUGGACUUUGCCAAUAAUGCAUUUUGGUGAGGAAGGCUUGCCAUCCCCUUCUUCCCCAUGCAGAUCAGACCACUAAUAAUUUUUAAUUUCCGUCUGAUCAGGGUUACAGGAAUUGUCAGUGCUCAGUACUCCACUGUCAGUGCUGUGCCUGCGUCAAUCUCACAGUCACAGCCUGUAGCCGAAGACAUUGUGCAAGCAGAACUAGAAACUGCUCGGUCUACAAUUACACGAUUGCUUUCUGCAGUACAAAAACACCUGUGCCAUGGAGAAAUUAUUUGCUGCUGAAAAGUAGCCAAAAUAUGUAGGCCAGUUGUUGUUUGCUGCUUGUGAAGGAAAAUGAAAUUUGAUACACAAGUGAAAACAUGGGGCUAGAUCUAACAUUCGUCAUGCUAAGGUUGUGUACGCAUUACUGUUUACUGUGAAUCCAAUGGGCUCCCGCUGCUGGUGUUUGAAGCCAUGUAUGUGUGACAGUAGCCACCAUCCAACUAUAUCCUGUAGUUUACUGAGAAGUACUGCUGAUUGGUGCACUUUCUCUCAAACCAGUUUCCAUUUGAUUUGAAAACAAAAACCAUGAUUAAGCUGUGAAGGUGAAAGCAAGAAGAGGUAACUUCACCAUUAUAAAAUGUUGCCAACUUUUUGUACAGCAGGGAUGGGAACUUGUAGCCCUCUGACCAAUGGUCAAGGAUAAUGGGCGUUGUAGUCCAGCAGCAUUUGGAGAGACACAGUUUUCCCAUUGCUGUUUUAUCAGGUCAGGCUACAACCCAUACAGUGGUACCUCGGGUUAAGAACUUAAUUCGUUCCGGAGGUCCGUUCUUAACCUGAAACUGUUCUUAUCCUGAAGCACUACUUUAGCUAAUGGGGCCUCCUGCUGCCACCGCACCACUGCUGUGUGAUUUCUGUUCUAAUCCUGAAGCAAAGUUCUUAACCCAAGGUACUAUUUCUGGGUUAGCAGAGUCUGUAACCUGAAGCAUCUUUAACCCGAAGUACAGUGGUACUUGCAAAUCAUUACUUUCAUGCUAGCUGUGCCUUUGUAUGAACAAACAUCUGCAAGCCCCCAAAAAGGUUGUUGUGAGGACUGCAAUCUCAGGUGGUCAGGAAACUUCACAGGUACAUCUGGGAACGAGACAUGAGAAAACAGGAGGGAAAGAGGAUGGAAGACAAGAGGGGUGGAUCAAGCUCCUUUCAAAGAUACAGAAACAGGAAGAGAAGGGGAAACCCAUUUACAACUAAGAGGCGAGGCCUCUGGUGUCCUCCUCAUUUAGAAUUUCCCUGUUGACACUGCAAAUAUCUCACUUGUUGCAAUGUCUGUUUGUAAGUAAUACUACCUGGGAUUCACAGUGUUUAUUUCCAUUUGAGGAGGCCUCUGUGCACAUUUCACCUCCCAUAAUGAGACUGCAUCUGAGAAUGAGACAAACAGGCCUUUAGCUGAGCAUUAAUAGACACACUUUUUGUUGAUAAAAUGUCUUCGAAACGGCAACGGCAACAGCUACUGUUACAAGCCACCCAAACCCUUCAGUAUACAUGCACUUUUAGUUUUAAUUCUGACAAUGAGUGCUACUUGUUGACAAUGGUGGGUUGGUUUGUUCUUAAGGUUGCAAUUUUAAUUGUCCAUCCCUUUCUUCUGAAUACAGUGAUUCUUCGGUUUAAGAACAGUCCGGUUUAAGAACAAUUUGUUUUACAAACUCCGCAAAACCGGAAAUAGUGUCUUGCUUUGAGAACUUUACCUGGGUCUAUGAACGGAAUCCGAACGGUGGAAGGGCACCAGCGGCGGGAGGCCUCAUUAGGGAAAGUGCGCCUCGGUUUAAGAACGGUUUUGAUUUAAGAACGGACUUCCGGAACGGAUUAAGUUCAUAAACCAAGGUACCACUGUAGUGUUCUUAUGCAGUUACACUGUUACAUUGCCAUUUCUUUGUGAUCUGGCACAGACCUUUCAUCAAGCACACUGAGACCAUUCCAGAAGCACUUCCAUCCCCUUACUCAGCAAUAAUUUGAUCUUUUUCUUUAAUGAGACCCCAAGGAUUCCCCUACAGAGCUAGGCUGCCACCUUGAAUUGGUUUAGAGAGAAACAGGUGCUUGUUUGACAAUCCCUCUUCUUGGCAGGAACCCCCCAAAUCAGUGAUGUCUUCUUGCAUAAGGUUAAUAUAUUCAUGUUGCUGUACUCAAAUAAGCUGGUGCACUUCUGUGACUAAGAAGAGCAUGACCUGGGAAGGCCAAAUGAUGCCUCUUCUAUUAACUCACUAGGUGGUCUUCGGCAGGUCAACCACAGUCAGCUUCAGCUACUACUACUCCCAGCCUGCAACAUGGGGUUGUUGUCAGGAUUACUGAUAAUAAUGGAUUGCAUCCAACUAAGGUCUGCUCUGAGUAGGACUAGCAUUGAAUACAGCCCUAUGUAUGUGAUGUAAAGCUUUAAAAUACUCCAUUAAGUGUUAUAUACAGUGGUACCUCGGGUUACAGACGCUUCAGGUUACAGACUCCGCUAACCCAGAAAUAGUACCUUGGGUCAAGAACUUUGCUUCAGGAUGGGAACAGAAAUCGUGCCGCGGCAGCAUGGCAGCAGUGGGAAGCCCCAUUAGCUAAAGUGGUACCUCAGAUUAAGAACAGUUUCAGGUUAAGAAUGGACCUCCAGAACGAAUUAAGUUCUUAACCUGAGGUACCACUGUACAUGCUAUUUAUCAUUAACCAAAGGUGAAUGUGAGAUCUCCCCCCCUCUCCAUUAGCAAUUUGCUGGAAGGCUGUGCUUGUUUAGAUGUGAAAUCCACGGUCUUAGAAAGCAAAGUCAUGGGGGCAGGGCAGGCAGAUGGAAUCAUCAUCAGUCUAAACAACAUUAACACUCAGCAUUGAUCUUUGCCCAUUUCCUGCUCUCCUAAGUCACAUUGUAAGGUGAGCCAAGAUACAGGACACCAGGCAUCUGGUCUGAAUCUAACUGGCACUGGGGAUCAUGUGUCUAGAGCUGACAUCAUCUCCUCUCUCCCAGAGAGGUACCGCAUGCUCCAGAAGGCAAAUUCCACUAUCUCUCAGCUCACUAAACAGUAAUGCUUGCUCUAAAGUGCCAGGCGGGGGAAGUUCUGACUUCUUUUUUAAGCCUGGGAGAAGGAAACGUUAUUCAUCUGAUGCUGAAAAGACUUUUAAAAAGGUACCAGGCUAACCUCUCAGGGGAGGCGAUUCCAUAGCUAGGGGUUCAUGCCUGGAAAGACCCUCUCCCUCACUUCACUGGGUGGGGGCACUCAGAACUGGGCCUCUGAAGAGGACCUCAAAUAUAUUGGCAUAGCCAAUACUUAACUGAGGUUCUGCCCUCUCUAAGUUGAAGCCUGCCCCCUCCCAACAUAAAUCCUGGCUACACCCAUGUAUACAGGAAAAAGUGUAUAUGAGCAUAUCACACCCGUGCUUCCCUGUCCUCACUAGCUCCCAAACUGUUUCGGAGACCAAUUAAAAAUGGCAGUGUUGAACUUUGAAAGAAUUACAGUUUGGGACCAGGGUACCUGAAGAAUUGUCCAUCACCACUUGAAGCUACCCAAACCUUAAAAUUCUCUUUGAAGGGCCUUCUCCAGAUACCCCUGCUGAGUGAGGUACAGUGGGUUUCUACUGGGGAAAGUGCUUUUUCAAUGGUGGUACCCUAGCUGUGAAAUGCCAGCCUUGGUAUCUUUUCUGAUUUUUAGCUGUGAUCUGGUUUUCGGUGUUCAUCCUUACAUGGGCUUCAUGGCUGAUUUUAUGUUCUUUGUUUUCUGUGGAUGAACAUGUUUAGUGUGUUUGUUUUGCUUUAAAGGAUUUUAUAGGGUUGUUGUUGUAAAUUGCUUUGGGACUUUUCCUGUGUGAAGCAAUUCAUAAACUGGAUGAGUUGAACCGCACUGAAUUUUUGGUGCCAAGCAAAGACCUUUUCCUGGGAUUUUUAAUCAGCUAGUUUCUGAGUCCCUAUUACCUGUCCCACAUGUUUUAUUCAAAUGUAUGAAAUUUUAGCUUGUUUUUAAUUCUAUUACAAGCUGCCCCGAGAACCAGGCUAUUGGGAGGCCUAUAAGUACUUAGGAAAGCAUAGAGACGCUUAUACAUAGUUAAGAGAUUAAAAAGAAACAAAUUAGGAAUCUAGAAGCAUGCUUCUUAAAAUCUAAAAACAAAAUUUUGUUACUCUAAUCUACACAGACCCACGAUAAAAUGUGUUUUGAAUGAAACAUCUGUGAAAGAAGAGAGAGCCUUAAAGAUCUAAAAGAGCUUGUAAUCAAUACAUUUUCAAAAUAGGAUCAGGGAAGUGAACUAUCAAUAUGUAUUAUGGGAUAAGAGGCUCUUAAACUGAUAUUCUUCUAUCAAACGCUUUGCUGCCUGCCUUAACCAAAAAGUUAUUAUUUCGCUCACUCCCAUUAUUUUUUCUAAAGCACGUUAAAAGCAGUUCAGCUCACACACUUCCUCCACUGUUGUUAAUUAACUUCUCCCUAGUGACUGUAAGUAAAGCAACAGAAGACAACGCUGCCCCAACCCAAACUCCUUAUGCCUCCACCUCUCUCUCUCUCUCUCUGUGAGGCAAGAUAAAAAGCAUUUCCCUCAUGUCCUGGGCUGGCAGAUUUCCAUGGAAGCAUAACAUAUAGAGGUUUUAGAGACAGCACCUGCAUUUUAAGGCUUCUCUUUUAGCUCAGCCUCUUGCCAAUAUUUUGUCUUGGAUAUGCGAGGUGUUCCCUAUUCAUGACCCAGUAAAGGCAACUAAUGCUCCCUCAAUGGCCAUUUGAGAAAGAGCCUCAGGAUGUAUCUCUUUACUUUAAAAACAUUUUUACAUCUCCACAAUUCCAGUGAUGAAGCCAUGAACCUUGUCUGAGGAUCAAGACCCCUCUGCAGAUUUUUGUCUUGUCUCCUGCCUCUUUCUUUAGUUUGUCUUGUGCUGCUGUCUGCAUGCUGACAUUCCCCAUUUCUAGAGUUGGGGGAGGAAAGGAAGGUAGAGGAAUUUUCAUAGCGCAAGUCUGCUCCCAGGAUGGGUUGCACCCAGCCUGCUGCCUCAAAUGGCCACAGGAUUGUUUACUCAUGAGUAGGUCUGCCAUCAGUUAGAUGCUUCAGAUAUAAAUAUUUUGGUCAAUGCCCAGUAGAGAAGAUAAAAAGGAAACAAAGCACAUAAAACACAAUAAUAUUUGUUAAGUAUAAUACAGUAUUAAAUGUGUAGUUUAAAACAAUGUUGAUACUUUAAAAAACAACCAAUGAAAAAUAUAAAAUAAUUAUUUUUAAAUGGUAUAAAACAAGGUAAGGCACUAAUAAUUCUAAAAGUAAUACAAGAUACUGUGCAGCAAAUUUUUAAAUUUUAAUUGUAUAUUUUACUCCCAGAGAGAGGCACUUUUGGGAUUUCCUGCCUCAGCUGCCAAAAACCCUUGGCCAGCCUUCAUUAUUAUUUACCUUAACGUGGAGGGAGGGGGUGCCUUUAGCUGUUCAGCCUCAGACAGCGAAAUAUAUUGGGCUGGCUCUGCUCUUUUCCAUUAGGCAAAAUGGUAGCCUAAAUGUCAAAAGGAAUACCUGUCCACUCUCUGGCUUGGAUUCACCAGUGUGGCUGGACCUUGGUUCUAUUUUUAUACACCCUGAAGGCUUCACAGAAGCCUAGGCACCAUUGCGUAAGAAAGCCAUUUUGCAAAACUUUGCUUGACUAUUGCUACAAUCUAGGCUGCAACCAUAUGUACUUGGGAGUUCAGUGGGACUUACUUCAGAGUAAACAUGCAUAGAAUUGCAGUGCCUGUUUACAGAGACGACAGCUCAUUUUAUGCAUUUCCAACAGGAAAACAUGACCUUGAAACAAGUUUGCUUCUCUCUCUCUUUCCCAAAGCUGCCUACUGAGAACUACUGUGAAAUUACAGAUUUGUUUUUCAGGCCAGGUUCUGCCCAGAUUCAUAUUGCACAUGGCAGUAAAUAAAUGUGCCUAUUAAUUUAAAAAUAUACACACAAGAAUGGAGCUAGGGAGCUACAUAGCAAAACAGCUUCUGAGAAUUGCUGAGAUGCUUCUAGCAUGCUGAUACCUUCUAUAAAUACUCUCUGCCUGACUAAUUUGCUAUACACAUACCCCAACUGAAUCACCAGGGGUACCAAAAUGAAGGCUAAACCAAGCCUUCAGGGUGUAGAAAUCUGGUAACAGCUUUUGCCCCUUCGGUGAUACAUUCUAAACUGUAGCAAAGCCCAUUGCAGAAGCUCAUGCACUGAAACCAAGUUGCAUGUGCUGGUGGGUUUUUUGAUCAUAUGUUGCACAUACCAGUGAAUUGAAGUGCCAUGAAACUCUUGGCUAGUUUUGUUGCAAAAGAUUAACACGCGCGUGCCCCCCUUCUCUGGAAUAUGUGACAAUUAAUUCUCUAGCCCAUUCUUCGACUGAGCUUUGCCAUAAAAAUACUGGUUGGCCAUUCCAAUUAGUAUACACCAAUUGCAUCAGGUCAAGAGAAAUAGGUCGUAUUUGCAAAAAGUGUGGGUCCCAACCAAUUGGUCCCAAACCUCCAAAUGUAACUGUUGAGACAUGGAAAUAAAGUAUAGGGAAGUGGCUCCCUCAUUGCUGCUUUAACCUAUGAAAGGUCAACUCACUUUGGAUAUGUCAGGGUUUUGCCACUAGCUUAUUGAUCAUUGGGAACAAAGUUUAACAAGUAUAGUUAGGGUACAGAACCUCUCCUUCAGAGGUUUUCAAGAAGAAUUGAGCAGGCAUUCAUUACAGAUGCCUACAGAAUAGGAUGCUUUGCCUCAGAUUAGACUGCAUGGUCCUUCAGAUCCCUUCCAAAAUUUCUGAUUCUGUUCCAGUGCAUGAGUUUUAGGUUAUGUUUAAGACUUCUUGGUCUUGGACAAAAUAAGUGUUAUGUUAUGCAGCCAUUCAGUGUCUAUUCCCUCCUCCUUGUUUGGCAAACACACACACACACAAAACACUAAUUGAUUCAUGAACAAAAAUAGAUCUGGUGUUUCCCCCAUCCCCCCACCUCUUAGGGUAUAUAGCCAGAGUCAGGACCAAGAAUUUCUGCAUGUUGAGAGCAUGUUAGCUCAGCAUUCCCAACACCCCAUAAUCAAGAGGUGGAAAUCAUACUGAUCUCAGAUUGUCCAACACUGGCCAAUUCUGCUGAAAAUAAGAGACCUUUCAGUACUUCUGUCUCUGCUUUUGGUUUAACUCUGCAGCACAGAAGCUAUCUGCUAUGGGAGCAACCAUUCAAGCACAGCCAUAUAUCUGUGCUGGUCUUAUAUUUUGAGCAGCUGUGAAAAAGAGGAGGGCCCCAAGAGUCUUAAUGCUGAUCACCAAGAGACAACAGCUGCUUAGGAUAUCUGAGUCAAGCUAGGGAAGCAUCUUGAAUGUGAAAUACAUGCAGAACUAGGUUAGUAGAGUAAGAAGAUGCUGUGCUUCAUGAGCAUUUUUCCCCCUGUAAGACAGUGGACAGAUAACAGCUCCUGGAGUUAACGGUGCAGGAGAUUGCCUACAAAAAUACAUUUAGGGUGCAAUCCAAACCCUCAAUCUGCCCUGCUGGAGGGGGAUAUUGGAUGGGGUAGAUGUCUCCAUCCACCCAGCCCACAAUAGCUCUGCCAGCAUGUGCAAAGAGAGCUCUGUCUGCUGAAGCUGCAGGUAGGUGGAAGUUCUGCUGGUGGGCUUCCAGCUUCUGGCAGCUUAGGGAAAGCCCCAAAAUGGGGCAUUGAGGGGCAGGUGAGCUACUGAGCAGGCUCAGGACCUGCUGCCUCCUUAGCCAGAUGCCAUUUGAUGGCGUCAGGCGCCAUCCAGGCUCUGUUCCUCCAUCAUAUCUCACCACUGCUUGGCCGUGGUUUGGAUUCCUCUGCCACUCAUCAAGUAUUGACAAAAUCGGGGGUGUUGGCUAUCUCCAGGUUUUGGAAUAGAGAAGAAAACCAGGUCCUCAUGCUUCAUCAAAUCUCCUGCACUCGGUAUCAGUGGAAGGGGCUAAUAUGUGGAGCAACUUCUGUAAAAUGGCUGCCAACACACAGCCGCAGGCCAGAAGGGCAUCAGUUGGCAACCCUGCUCUGUCCCGAGUUCCCACCAGAAGAUUUGGAAGCCUCUGGGCACUGCUGUGAGCAGCUCACAUGGCCCAGAGGAGUCCUGACUAAUCCUCAAAGGGCAGUCGCUAUGCAAAAGACUCUUCAGCUGGCCCUGCAGUGCGGAAGUUGGAGCUGGGGAUGAAAAGCGCAGUGUGGCUGUGCCUGAAGGAAGAGGGACAACUGCCGCUGGCCUUUCUUCCAAAGGUCAAAGCUGCCUCCUCUGCAAGCCAUGCCCAAAAGCAAUCUGUCAUUUGAGAUCUUCUGGGCUGCAAGUGUGAUCACUCAGGCUUUAUUGGGAGUGGAGUAAAUAUAUAAAAGGUUACCCAUUUGGCACUUCAGCCAUGUGAGUCCCAUUAAAGUCAGCAGGAAGGAACUUUGCUGAAAUACAGGGUGCAAGUUUGGCGCAGUAGAUUAGGGACUCUCUCUUUGGGGCUGCCUUGUCACAACCCAUGGCUUAAUUCUAUACCCUAGUCCUGAUUUUCACAGUAUGGAAGGGCUCUCCAGGUGGUUGCCUCGCAGCCCCAAUUUGGAUGUAGGAUAUUGAAGGUUUAUCCAUUCAUACAGGCCACAAUUCCUCUGGUAUAGCACCACUUGCAAACCUGAGGUUCUGCCCUCCAAGGGGGGAGAGGGGGAGAAAGGGCAUUUGGGCUGGAAUUUAUCUGAUCUCUACAACCAGCCCUUCUUAGAUGAGUCUCUUGUCUUUCUUCCCUCUUCCUCUCGCUUUAUCACCUUUGUUCUUCCUUGGGGAAAGGACAUGCCAUUUUGGCUUAUGUUGUUUCUCAAUGGCCUAUAUAAAACAAAAAGAAAAUGUGGAUGCAGGGGGUUUUUUGGGGGGGGGCCGACCGCAAAGUACUCUGCAGUUAGUGCAAGGCAGCUUUUUAAUUGUGCAAGCAUGCGUUUCAAAAACCACAUCAAUACAGCAUCUGUUUGUUUCUUUUUACAACAACAAAAACCUCAGCUGAAGCAUCACAGGUGCAGCAGACAACUAAUUUGGAACUACUGCCCUCCCAAACUAUUAUUACUGUUGUUAUUAUUAUUGCAUUUAUAUGCCAUCUUUUAUCCAAAGAGCUCCAGGUGGCAUACGUGGUUCUACCCCCUCCUCAUUUAAUCCUCACAACAACCCUCUGAGGAAGCUUAGGUUUAAAGGCAGCGACUGGCCAGGGAAUUUCAUGGCCAAGUGAGGAUUUGAACUCUGGUCUCCAGCACUCUAACCACUGCACCACAAUGGCUCUCACGGGUUUGAGGAUCAGGGAUAAGAACAGGCAUUCUGCCCACGGACUAUUCUGAGCUUUUAGCCUUUGGGACAUGGCAAGUUAAAACCCAAAUAAACAAAUGAACAAUAAUGAGGGCUAUUUUGGUACGAUACCGUCACACUUGUUCCUGCUUAGAAUAUCCUGCUCUAAAAUAUUCCAACAACAAGAUCCGCUGUCUUAAGUACGCCAGACCUUGCUUUCGUUUUCCAUGGUGUUUUAUUUUAGGGCAAUACCUAUUGCCACACAUGUGAAAUCUGAGCAAUGUGGGUAAGGGCCUGUGCUAUCCUAGAACAUGCAAAGCAGCAGGUCUCAUAUAUAAAGGAAAGGCUAAAGGGUAGAUAAUAAGACCACUUACCACUGCUUUCGUCCCAGUUACAGAUGAGAGGGCAGCCGAGGUCGGGGGGGACGGGACAACACAAUCAAGCUUUAAGAACGCUCGUAAGAUUUCAGGAACUGGGGUUUUUUUAUCUGAUUGCCUUAUUUGAAGGUUCGGGUUCUGCACAGGAACAGUUACUAAUAGUGAAGUAAAGUUGUGUAUGGCAGGAGAGCCAUGCCUUAAAAUCAAACUGUUGCUGAAUUCCUGUAAAGCGGGAGUUCGGGUUAAUUUGAAGUGCAGGAAGAGAACACUGAACUCAUGCUUUAUUCUCUUAAAACACUUCCCCAUGCCAUUUCCCCCAGUGGAAAUACUGGAUGUAACUUCCACUGAGAGAGAAAGAGAUAGGAAAAGCAGCUUCAGGUUAAGGGAUGGUUCAGCACUCACUUCUCUCUCACACACACACCCAUGCUGCACUUAGGUCAUUUGCCCCACGCUCCAGUUUAUAGGAUAGAUUUCAUAUGAAGUACAGUGUUGGAAUGGAGAUGAAAGGAAAAGGCAUUUCAGAGAGGUCAAGUACUGUUUUCUGACGCAUGCCAGGGAACAUGCUUGAGUCCUGAAAGUCAAAGAUCUAAAUAGAACUAGCUUAGAACUGUCUGUAGCUUCUUCCUAUGCAACUACAAAUGCUUUCAUAAGUUCUCUUCACACAAUAUAGCCACACUCCCCACAAAGAGCAGGUUCAUAGUCUGAGGGUGCUUCUGGAUCCAUCUUUGUUGCUAGAGGCCCAGGUAACCUCCAAAGCUAAGUGUGCUUCACGCAAUACUGCUGGGACAGCUCAGCUGGUAGAGCAUGAGAUUCUUAGUCUCCUGAGUUUGAGCCCCACAUUGGGCAAAAGAUUCCUGCAUUUUUUGACCCUUGUGGUCCCUUCCAACUCUACAAUUCUGUGAUUGUAUGAUAGCAUCCCAAGAAACCAAAGUCAUUUCAUUUUUGCCCUAACCAAACGUAGGUAAUGGCUUCACAAAUUAUCUAUGGCAUACUAACCAAAUUCACAAACAAAGGAUGGGAUCCAACAUUGCAUUGUGAUGAAAGUUCCAUCUGCACAAGCAUUUCAGCUUGCCAGGUGGAACAACCCCCCCCCCUCACCCCACCUCAUGUGCUAUUCUUAGGGGUUCCCCUGACUUCCCCAGAGCUAAUUUGGGGGGGGGGGUCCAUUGGGGAAGGGGAAUCCCUGUCGUGCAAAUGGGGUUUAUUAGGUGAAUUCCACCCUAAGUAAUUUGGAGGAAACCAAUAUUUGCAGAGGUCCUCAGUGGAAGUAAAUUGCAAGGGUAACUGGCUGUCUCGUUAAAAGUACUUGUGAACCUUUUUACUCCUCCCAGCACUGAUAUACUGUACUGCAGGUGAACUUACAUCUCUCACAUUUUCAUUUUUGUCUUUCCUUUAAAGGUAUUGUUUCUGUACACCUCAAGAAGGACAGCAUGGGCAAUUUGAGCCUCAUAGCCUGCCCGCAAACGGAUAACCGCAGUUCCCUGGACAAUGCCUCCAAGGAGUCUUCAAUGACAAUUUGGCAGAAGCUCAACCAGGCAAACACCAGCAGUGGUGACCACACGUUUGUCAAAUGGAAUCAUGGCCCACUCACAAACACCGCCAAAGACAGGUAAGGAGCCCACCUCCAGCAAAACAUGCACCUGUGCAAUUCCCCUGCUUCACAAAGCAGCAGUGAACACACCUGGGUUGAACUCAGGUUGUCCUCAUCCUUGAGGGUAGCUCAAGAAAUGGGAAUUCCACAUGGAAAUAGGAACUGCACAUAACAUUAGUCUAUCCCAAGGGAUGCAAAAGCACUGAGAGCAAUUGGAAACGCAUUCAGCUUUCACACCGAGGGACGUAACUCUUUUCAGUGGCAAAGUCCUUGUUUAAAGCAUCACAUGUUGAACAGAAGUUAGUGCACUUGGCUUCAGUAAGGGGCCAUAUUUCCUUCCCUCAUAAACUAAACCAGGAAUGAAGAGCCAUGUUGUCUGAGGGCUGCAUUCCUGUCUGGGCAACCUUCCAAAGGGCCACAUGGCAGUAGUGGUUGGGGCCAGAGGGGAAACUGGACACGGCAAUGGAUGUAAAUGUUACCUUUGUUGGGUAGUUUCUGCACACACCUUUCUAUUCUCUAUGCAGACAUGCAAGAGGCACCAUCAGAGUUCAAGGACGCAUCCCAGCCAGGCUUAGAAAUAUGCACUAAGUUUUACUGGUGUCACUGGCGCUUACGCAUGUUGAACUUACACAAUUUCAGCUUUGCAUGAUUGCAAACCAGCCGGUCGAAAUCACACAAAUCAAAUGCAUGGAACACAGAGAGCUUCAGAGCUCUUUCUGUGCAGGGUUUUCCCAGUGCAUAAAAAAAUCCACCUGAGAGCCUCUCGGGCAAGGUGGAGAGCUUAAAAGCCUUGCUGGCAGGGUAGGAGGUAAGACCAGCAUGCCAUCUCCAUAAGGUAAGAUUGCCCAUGUGGCAGUUCCAAAGGGUUGCUUGGACUAUACAUGUUUUUGUGUAUACAUGCCAUCUCCAGAACGUAACCCCUGUGAGUUACCUGCAAACAUGUUUAGGGUCAGAUGAUAGGCUAUUACUUCUAGAUAGUAGGCUAAUCAUAUCCCCCUCCUUUUUCUUUUGCAUUGUGCGUAGCUGCCAGGGGAAAGCAGUAUUACAGACAGACCUUCAGUACCACAGAGACGUGUCUUCAAUUAUGGAGGAUGCCAAUGGGAACCAGCCAGAAAAGAACAGCUAUAAUCCCUGGGGACUGUACUGCCAUAAACAGCAUCUAAACCGCAUGUCUUCGAAGUAUAAUGAGAACAAACUUCAUCGUAUCUUUUUCCUAGCUGUUUUUCUACAUUUUAUUUUAUUUUUAUAAUCCCAAGGUUGCAAUGCAGAACUCCCAGUAUCCCUUUCACUUUUAAUAAUAGAUGAGCAUUUCAACAUACAUAUAUAUAUUGUGGAUAACUUGUUCUAAUUUUAGGCUCUAGUAGUACUGGAUAAAAUAGAAAUACAUAAGGAACAAUCCCGUACAGUUUAGUCAUAAUAAGUAAUGGUAUUUGUUUCAGUGGGACUAGGGCUGGAACACUUACUUGGGAGUAAGUGCAUGGAACUCAAUGAGACAUACUUACAAGCAGGCAGGUAUCACAGUGUUAGUCACAACUAAUAUAUGCUGGAUUUUGCCCACAUUCCCAAGCUCUGUAUGAACCUUGUCUCAAAAAUACUGAAACAAUAAAUAAAAAAAAUGCAAAUAAAUGUUUAUAUUAUUUCUAGUCCACCUUAUAACAGAAGUGCCAUGUUCACAAUAUCGGAGGGAGGAGAAUUGCAUCUCAGAGAUUUUUAGCUUCACUGUUUUAUUUCGUGGAUAGGAAGCUGAGUUUCAAAAUAUGAAAAGCUGAGUUUUGCACUCCUCUUAUAUCACUUUGACAAUUUUUUAAAGCUAUGCAUUCAAAUGUAAAAGUUUCAAAGGGAAGUUUUAAGCAGUCUGGAUUUGCCCUGAUUUUCCUUUCAGCUCUACUUUAUUUUCACUCAGUGGAAAAAAGGGGGGGGGGGAGUCUACAUGCACAAAAAUCUGUCUGAAGUCAUGUAAGACCCAGCUCCUGAUACACAUCUCAAAGCCCAAUCAUGUAAUAAGAACUUCCUAGCAACCUUUAUGCAUUGGUUGGUGUCCUUUAUACCUGGAAAGCCUCCACCAGCCUUUAGCAGUGACUGAAAAUGAUGGACAGCUCAGAGGCAGUAGAACACCCCCAGGAUAAAUGAGUUGAGAUGGAAACAAAAAGCUGGUCAGGGGAGCUAGCGCAGGUGGACUGCAAAGUUUUGCUACAGUUGUAAACCUAAGUAAAAAAAAUUGAUUUCCUUAACUCAUGUGUCCAGAAUUUUUGUUGCUUGAAAAUGUGGUAUCCAAAUAUAAAUGCCCUUGCAUUCUGGACUUAAAGAUGGGAACCAGACAGCAUGGUGAUGAUGCAUCAGAAGAGAAGAAAGCACGCCAAAUAAAGAAGUGUGAACAGAGCACAUCAGCAUCCCUUGGAGCCCGUAUUUGUGGGAUGCAGGUAAGAACAGCUCAUUCUAGUGUUUCAAAAAAAGAAAAGAAGCACACAGGUGUGUCUUCAGAGAGUACAUUCUUCAACAAAGAAAUAGGGCUUGGAAUGAAACUAUAAUAUAUACCAACUGAGAAUGUAGUGUUAGAAAAAAUAACAUUAUUGAUUUUACAGCUCAGCUUUAGCCUAUUUCCUUUGUAAAAAAAAAUUGAGAUAAUAAACCUGAAAUAUUUGUUGAUUUGUGAAGGUUGUCUAGCAUAGAAAGGUGAAAGAUACCUCCUAAAUAUUAUAGCUUUUUUAGAAAAAACACCUCCUACUUCUUUAUGCAAAAACAGAGUACAGUCCUCAUGUUGUUGCAAAUCAGUAACAAAAUCCCCUCAGAGUAGCUGUUGUUGCUAAAACAAUUAAGAUUCCUGUAACACCCUAAAAAUAAGAACAACCUAUCAAAAAUAACUUCUCAAAUGGCUAAUGUGUUGUCCUUUGUUCUUUUUUCCCAAGGUCUACCAGGCAGACACAGUUCAAUAUCUCUGCAAAGAUAAGUACUAUGGGCGGAAACUCUCACCAGACGGCUUCAGGCAAGCCCUCUUGCAGUUCCUUCAUAAUGGGAAUCGCCUCCGAACGGAUCUUGUGGAACCCAUUGUGUCUCAGUUGAAGGCUCUGCUGUCGGUCAUCAAAAAGCAGAACUCUUACCGGUUCUACUCCAGCUCACUUCUCAUAAACUAUGAGGGACUGGAGAAAGCAACACCUUCAGACAAUCACCCUCAGGGACACUGUCAGCAUAGUAGCUGCUCUCUUCCACAUGGAAACAGCCACCCCAAAGUGGAUGUCCGUAUGAUAGACUUUGCUCAUACAACCAACAAAGGCUCUAGGUUUAAUCACACCGUCUAUGAGGGACCAGAUAAUGGCUACAUUUUCGGUCUAGAAAACCUAAUAAAAACUUUUCAGAGUAUCUGUGUGGGAGAAUGA